AUGAUCAACAAAUUUGAAAAUCGAAAAACAAAUCGAUCUUCUUUAACAAAUACUUUACGUGGUAUAACAAAUGAAGAAAAACUUAAUAAUCUUUGGCUUAAAAUGCAAAUUACUCUUAAUUCUAUAUUUGAUAGUUCAUUAGAUAAUCGAAGUGGUGCUCGAGUAGCCAAAGGUAUUCGACAAGUAUGUUUUUCUUUGUUUUUUUUAUUGUUAUUGGAAAAAAAAGAAGGUUUAUUUCGUAUGUAUAUGAUGGGUAAACCUGUAAAUUAUGCUGGUCGAUCAGUAAUAUCAUCUGAUCCAUUUAUUGCUAUUUAUCAAGUUGGAAUACCUGAAAUAUUUACAAAAAAAUUAACUUAUCCAGAAUUAGUUAUACGACAUAAUUGUUAUCGACAUCUUCGAACCGGUGAUUAUGUUCUUGUUAAUCAUCAACCAACAUUACAUCGACCAAGCUCGAAUGGUGAUGGAAUGAAAAUGAAUAUUCAUUUAUCACAAAAUGAAUUAACACGAGCUGAACCUACUGAAUUAAUGAUAAAUUAUCAAGAUUUUCUUAUUAUUUCAACAAUACUUCUUUAUAUUCAACCAGUUAACCAAGCUUCACUUUAUCUCGAUAGUAAAUCAAAACUUUCAAUGAAAUCAUGCGCAUCAAAAUCAAAUGUAACAAAUAUUGAUUUAAUGGCUGAUACAGAUGUUAUUAUUCGUCAUGGACAUCUUCUAUCUGGUUUAAUUGAUAAAGCACAUUGUAGUUCAACACUUCCAUCUGUUGUUCAUUGUUAUUAUCAAUUAUAUGGAAAACGUUGUGCUGCUGAUCUUGAUUUACACUUGGAAUUGAACGAUGUUCUUUUACUUUCACUUGGUGUAUCACAUCGACGUCGAUUAAUAAAUCAAUGUCGUGCUCAAGCAGGAUUUUGUUCAAAAUCAUUUGAUGAACAUAUAUCAAAAGAAAUGGAUAUUAAUUAUAAAAUAUCUAUUGAUCAAUAUCAAAAUCAAAUUGUUAAACAAUCUAUGUCAAAUUUAUUUAAACAAUUUCAAGAAAAUAAUUUACAAUUUUUAAUUCAAUCCGGUGCUAAAGGUUAA